AAGCGCCGAGACAGCAACGACAGCAACGACGGCUGCCACUCCCAGGCCAAACCUCCCUCCACACCACGCACACACCCCCAGCACGGUCGCCUGCCCUGCCUUUCUCCUCAACAAUCACACCCACGCUAUACUGUGUACUUUGGCGAGUCCCGAUCAACCGUCCGCAUCCCUCACAGUCGCCGCCUGUCCCACGGACGAAGAUCCGCACAUACCUACACUCAACCACCCACCAUGGCCGACGACGCCACGGCCGCAGAGGAGUCCCAGAUCACGUUCAACGUGAAAUCCGCCAAUGACCAGAAGUUUGUCAUCACUCUCACCGCAACAUCCACAGUCCUCGACCUCAAAUCGAAGCUUGCGACUUCCGAAUACGCAGACAUCCCCAGCGACCGCCAGCGCCUGAUAUACAGCGGCCGCGUGCUAAAAGACCCGGACACGCUUGCCAGCUACAAGAUCAAGGACGGGCACACUGUGCAUCUAGUAAAGGGCGCUGCUAGCAAUGCAAGGCAGAAUCCUGCGAAUCAGGGUGCGGCGAGCUCGACUGGAGCUACGGCCGGCGCGAGUACCCCACAGGUGCCGACGAAUCUGGCAACAGGGACCGGGAACAAUCCACUUGCUGGGCUGACGGGUGCGAGGUAUGCUGGGUUUCAUGGGCUGCCUGGCGCCGACAUGUUUGGGCCAGACGGAGGCAUGGGCCCGCCGCCUGACUCAGAGCAGCUGCUGCAGAUGAUGGAGAAUCCCAUGUUUCUGUCGCAGAUGAACGAGGCCAUGAACAACCCCGCCGUCAUUGAGAUGAUGACGCAAAAUCCGAUGAUUCGCAACAAUCCCAUGCUAGCAGAAAUGAUCCGCAACCCCGACAUGCGCCGCAUGAUGUUCAACCCAGAAAUGAUGCGCAUGCAGUUACAAAUGCAGCGGGCAAUGAACAGCCAGGGCUCACGCUUUACCGCACCUGGAGUUACAGAUACUACGCCUCAGCCUAACUCAACAGCAGCAGGGGAUGGCACAGCCACAACACCAAACCAGACAAACACCACAGGCCCUACAACCCCCCAGGAUCCCUUCGCAGCCCUGCUCGCAGGAGCAGGAGCAGGAGCAGGAGCAGGAGCAGGCAGCAUGGGCGCCAACCCCUUCACCUCCCUAUUCGGACCCGGCGCCGCCAAUCCCUUCUCUCCACAGAACCAACCCACCUCGCCCCGCUCAUCCAGCACAGACGCAAAUCCCCCAACUACAGGCUCAACAGACAACACACAAGGCUCGCAAAACCCCGCCUCACCGCCACCAAACCCCUUCGCCAGCAUGUUCGGCCCACCAGCCACAGGUGCAGCAGGGGGCGCACAAGGCGCCAACCCGCUUGCUGAAAUGACUCGCAACCUAAUGCAAAAUCCUGAAGCUAUGCGGUCUGCGAUGCAAUUCAUGAAUUCCAUGAAUCCUAGUGGCCAAAUCGGAACCUCACCUUCCCCGUUUGGCGCAUUCCCGCUCCCUACAAAUCCCGCAGGAGCACAGGCUGUCACAGGAUCACCUCCUCCGAAUCCCUUCGCUGCGCUGUUUGGUCCCGGUGGGGGGUUUGGAGCACCGGGGGGAGGGUUUGGCACGCCACCGCCGCAAGAUAAUAGACCGCCUGAGGAGGUGUAUGAGCAGCAGUUGAGGCAGUUGAAUGAGAUGGGUUUUUUUGAGUUUGAGAGAAAUGUCCAAGCGUUAAGGAGGAGCGGGGGGAAUGUACAGGGGGCUAUCGAGUAUUUGCUUAGUGGAGAUUCAUAGGAUUAGGGUGAGAAGAGAGGGUGAUAGUGAAGGGGUUGCAGGGCGAUGACAUUCUGGGGGUAUUAGUUAGGGUCACUAUGCAGAAGAGAUGAGGAGAAGUGAGGAGAGGAGAGUAAGCAUUCUGAGUGCGUCAAGUCCUUAGAAGUGGUUUAUGGAGUGAGGGAUUGGUGGAACCUCUCCUCUUCUUAGCACUGGACUAGAAUGGCCUUGGUAUGGAUUUAUAACUCGGCUGCCUGUGGGCAGGAAAUAUUAUAUCCUGGACUACUUU